UCGCGCUGUGCCUACUCAAUAGGUAUUUGUAGAACCGGUACGAGUCCCCGGUAACUUUCACGUCAUUUAACCAGCGUCGUCGCGUUGAUAACACGUUAUAAUGAAUAAAUUAGUGGGUUUAACUAGAAAUUUUUCUAGCUCCUCUUCAUUAAAUGCAAUCAAGACUGUUACUGUGGUAGGUGGCGGGCUUAUGGGCAGUGGAAUAGCGCAGGUUUCAGCGCAAGCCGGUCAAAAUGUAACGCUAGUAGAUCUUAGCCCAGAUAUAUUGCAAAAGAGUCAAAAGUCAAUUGAAAAUAACUUGAGGAGAGUCGCAAAGAAGAUCCACAAGGAUGAUGCGAGUAAAAUUGAUAAUUAUGUCAAGGAAUCAUUUGAUAGAAUCAAAGUUUCUACUAAAGUUGAAGAUGGCGUGAACUCAGAUCUAAUUAUUGAGGCCAUUGUUGAGAAAUUGGAUAUUAAACAGCAAUUGUUUAAUAAACUCGAUGAGCUAGCUCCGCAGCACACAAUUCUGGCUACAAAUACAUCUUCAAUAUCCAUCAAUGAAAUUGGUGCUGGAAUUAAGAGGAAAGACAGGUUCGGUGGUCUCCAUUUCUUCAACCCUGUCCCAGUGAUGCGUCUUCUAGAAGUUAUUAAAGGAGACCAUAUUUCUGAAGAGACCUACCAAGCUAUGAUGGAGUGGGGAAAGUCGGUGGGCAAGACUUGUAUCACUUGCAAGGAUACUCCCGGCUUUGUGGUCAAUAGAUUACUGGGUCCAUACAGUGCAGAGGCAUUGAGGAUGUAUGAGAGAGGGGAUGCAUCAGCUGAAGACAUCGAUACAGCCAUGAAGUUAGGCGCAGGUUAUCCCAUGGGCCCCCUGGAACUAUCCGAUUUCACUGGUUUAGACAAUAAAAAAGCUAUUCUAGCGGUAAUGUUGGAAAAAACUGGCAACCCAGUGUUUGAACCUAUACCGUUGUUGAACAAAUUCGUUGAAGAGGGCAAACUUGGCAGAAAAUCAGGGGAGGGUAUAUUUAAAUAUGAAUGAAUUUAAAUCGAAUAGUAAUGUUAAUCGAAUUAUUUAAAUAACGUAAUCUCAUAGAUUUUGAUUGUUGAUUAAAUGAUUAGCGCUA